AUGGUGCCCUUGCCGCAGCCUUUUGUGGAAUACGAUUUCUGGUCUCGCACCGGAAAUUCCACAGAUCCCAUCGAAUUGACAUGCCUGAUGCCCACAGGAGUCCUCAUACCACUGGUCACCCUGAGGAAUUCUACACUGCAAGACAUCAAAGAGGAAUUAUGGGAAAAGGCAGAAAAAUAUCCUCUUUUUGGGCAUCUGAGGGAUAAAUCCAUGUAUGUUCUCUAUGCACUGUCGGAAUUCUCAAAGCCCGAUGAAUUAUCAGAUGAAUCCAAGAGGAUUUGUGAUGUAAAGCCCUACUUCUGUAUACUAAAAAUAUCGGAAAAGCAAAUUUCCACCAAUAACACUCUCAAUAAGAACAUUAACUAUCUCAUUGGCAAAGUUCCUCAUGAGUUUUCCAUGAAAAAUCCCGAACUCAAUGACUUUCGCUACAAAAUGAGCCUUUUGUGUGAUCAAAUAUCUCAGAAAAGACAGAAAAUGACAUGGACAGAUAAGGUUCUGUAUCAAUUUCCUCCGCGAUUGGCAUCAACAAGAGAAAUUCCGGAGACUGUUCGGGUGCGUUUUCGCAAUGAUCACUUUGUUCUUGUGGCAAAAUUUGAGAAUCAAGAAGCUGAGACAUCAUUUACGUUUAGUGUGAGAUAUGACAUGACUCCACAUAAACUCCUUGAUACCAUUCUCACAAAAAAAGCCCUUACCACCAAUAAGCAACUCAAUAGGGAUCGUGUUAGUGAUUAUAUACUGAAAGUUUGUGGUCAGGAUGAAUUUCUCUUUGGGGAAUAUCCCCUUGUGCAAUUUCUCUACAUCCAGGAUACUCUGUCACGAAAUGGAGUUCCUACUGUUGUCACUCAAUCCAUUAAGAAUUUAUCUGUGUUCGAGGAUAUCAUCUACCAAGCACCAGAAUCCCUAGAACGUAUGAAUCACAAGACACGACCAACGCUACAGCAUCACAAUUCCACGACGACUCUGCGCAAAAAGACAAAGUACAUCCUUUCGUGGGAUAUCAAUGAGCGCUUCCAAUGCACGAUAAAUCAAAUAAAAGAUCUCAAUUGUGACACAAAUCGAACUGUUGAAGUGGGCAUACAGGUGGGUCUGUUUCAUGGGGGGAAAUCACUGUGUGAACCUAAGCAGACCACCGAAAAGAUUCUCAAUAAGGAGGGCUUUGCGGAGUUUGAGGAAACGCUGACAUUUGACAUUUUUGUGUACAAUAUUCCGCGAAUGGCCAGGCUGUGCAUGGUAGUGUAUGAAACGGCCAAGAGUGCAAAGGGGGGUGGGGUGAGAUCGAGGAGGAUAAAGGACAUCAACAGGGAUAUGUACAUCAAUCCACUCGUAUGGGUCAACACCACAGUAUUUGACUACAAGAAUCAACUGAAGACGGGUGCAGUGACUCUGUAUGCUUGGGCGUACGCUGAGGAUUCUCAGUCGGAUGAUCUACUGCAUCCCCUGGGCACGGUAGAGCCCAAUCCCAGGAAUGACAAGUGUUCAGCCAUCACAAUGACAUUCGACAACUACAACACGGACAAUACGAUAAUGUAUCCGUCGGAAGACAAGAUUCUGGAGCAUGCAUCGCGUCUAGCUAAACAGGAUAAUUUGAACAGGGAUAGUGCUCAGGAUACACGGACAAUUCGUGAGAUUCUGUCGCCGUACCUGAAGAAUGAUCGUCUGCAUGAGAUGCAUGAGCAAGAGAGGAAUGCAAUAUGGGCCAAACGGUAUGAUUGUCUCCACGAUGAGCCAGAGGGAUUACCGUGUUUGCUUUUCUGUGUGGAGUGGAAUGAUAAGAAUGAAAUUUGCGAAAUCACGAGUCUCUUGAAAAAGUGGAAGUCGGUGUCGGUGGAGCGUGCUCUGGAGCUGCUCGAUUAUGCGUAUGCUGAUCAGACAGUCCGGAGAUUUGCUGUGAAUUGUCUGAGACGAGUGCGAGAUGAGGAAUUGCUGCUGUAUCUUCUGCAAUUGGUCCAAGCCAUGAAACAUGAAUCAUACUUGCAUUCGGAUCUCGUGGAAUUUCUGCUGGUGCGUGCCCUCAAUAAUCAGCGCAUUGGGCAUUUUCUGUUUUGGCAUUUGCGAUCGGAGAUGCAAGUGCCAUCUGUACAAAUUCGUUUUGGCUUGAUACUAGAGGCUUAUCUCACGGGGAGUCAGGAGCACAUCCCCAUUCUGCUCAAGCAGAUGCAGUGUCUGGAGAAGCUGAAGGAGGGCUCUGAGUUGGCCAAAAAGGGCAACAGGGAAAAGGGCAGAGCGCUACUGCAGGAUUUUUUUGGUGAUAAUCACGUCUCAAAUACCAUCUCAAAUGUCGUUAGCCCACUCAAUCCCAGUUUUCGAUGCAAAGCUCUCAGAACUGACAAGUGCAAAGUGAUGGAUUCCAAGAUGCGUCCACUGUGGAUAGUGUUUGAAAAUGCAGACACUCAUGGAGAUGAUAUUUAUGUGAUCUUCAAGAAUGGUGAUGAUCUACGGCAGGAUAUGCUGACGCUACAGAUGCUACGGAUAAUGGAUCGAAUAUGGAAGAGUCAUGGCUAUGACUUUAGGAUGAAUCCUUAUAGCUGUAUCAGUAUGGAAAGGCGUUUGGGAAUGAUUGAGGUGGUGCUCAAUGCUGAGACAAUUGCCAAUAUUCAGAAGGUGAAGGGAAUGUUUUCGGCAACGUCACCAUUUAAGAAGGGAUCUUUGUUGACAUGGUUGAGGGAACACAAUACGACAGAUGAAUCUCUUCAGCGAGCAAUUACCGAAUUUACGUAUAGCUGUGCCGGAUAUUGUGUUGCAACGUAUGUUCUUGGUGUGGCGGAUCGUCAUUCGGACAAUAUCAUGGUUAAGAGGACGGGACAGCUCUUUCAUAUUGAUUUUGGGCAUAUUCUUGGGCAUUUUAAGGAGAAAUUUGGCUUUAGGAGAGAAAGAGUUCCAUUUGUGCUCACACAUGACUUUGUCUAUGUUAUCAAUAAUGGACGAACUGAUCGGGAAGCUGAUGAGUUCAGGACGUUUCAGAAUCUUUGUGAGACUGCAUUUCUUAUAUUAAGACAACAUGGAUGUUUAAUACUCUCAUUAUUUGCAAUGAUGAUCUCAACUGGACUACCAGAAUUAUCUUCAGAGAAAGAUUUAAAUUAUUUAAGGGAAACACUGGUUUUAGAUUUACCUGAAAAUGAGGCACGUGAGCAUUUUAGAUCAAAAUUUAGUGAAGCUCUGGCAAAUUCAUGGAAAACCUCCCUCAACUGGGCAUCUCACAAUUUCUCCAAAAAUAAUAAGCAGUGACAAUAUUUUACUCUUUAAUCAUCUGCCAGCAAAAAGUGAGAGAGAGAGAGAGAGGAUGUGUGUGGAUAAAAAAAGAAACAAAAGUGUGCAGAGGACGUUUGUGGAGCAUAAAAGGUUAAGUUUAAAAUAAUUUUUAAGAAUUUUCACAUGGGCAUUGAAUGCGUUACUAAUUCACAACUAAUUUAAUUUUGUGCGAAAGAGUAUGCAAGUGAGAAAAAUGGAAUAAAAUUAUUUUCCACUGGA